UGGGCUCGGCAGAUGUCGGCGGCAGCCAUGUUAACUCUGUCAUCGUUAGAGCUUUUAGAGUCUGUCACAUUCAGGUUAUUUAUGUGUUCGGAGGGCUCAGCGUUAGGGGUUGUUAAGGGAGGGUGAAGUUAGACGCUCGCAGGGUCUGAGCUGCGGAUACGGGGCAGUAACAGGCUGAACAGUUAUCCACCGAGGGCUCUGGGUGUGCUGGCACAGCGGCGGCUCUGUGGUGUGGGAACAGCUGAGCCACUCGGCCCCCGCAGAGCGCCGACGGUACCGGACUGGUUGGCUGCUUAAUUGCCUCCGUGUGUUUUAAAUGAAUAUCUGUCGGUGUGCGUUUGUGCAGAGAGAUAUUCACACUCUUUGUUCCCCACACAGUUUUUCCUGUUCUGUUUCUCUUCCAGUCUCACGCUGACUCUCUCUGCGUCCUGACUCACAGUCUGCUCCCCCUGUCUGUCCGGUACCGUUGCUUCCACAGACCCAGCCCCCUGUUCCUCUCAGUGUGUUACCUGCAGCCCUCCUGUCACAUUUCACCCCUGCGUGCCACAUUCCUAGUUAUCUCCGAGGGGGUUACAUACCUUCGCCCCGAGAGGCAGCUACUAGCAAGCCUCUUGCCUUUCUAGUUGUAGGAGAGGUGGGCCGAUGAUCAGUCAAAACAGACAGCCGUGCAGGAAUCAAACAGGCUGGGAAAUCAGUACGUUUGUCUACAUUAUCAGCCACUGUUGCAGCUUCUUAGACAGGAUUGAGGUGGUCAGGCAGAAUGACUACACACCCACUGAUCAGGACCUGUUGAGAUGCAGAGUACUGACAUCCGGGAUCUUCGAGACAAGAUUUCAAAUAGACAAAGUCAAUUUCCAUAUGUUCGAUGUUGGAGGUCAGAGGGAUGAACGUCGAAAAUGGAUCCAGUGUUUUAACGAUGUGACAGCUAUCAUCUUUGUGGUGGCGAGUAGCAGCUACAACAUGGUGAUCAGAGAAGACAAUCAGACCAACAGACUACAGGAAGCCCUCAACCUUUUCAAGAACAUUUGGAACAACAGGUGGCUACGGACCAUUUCGGUAAUCCUCUUCCUGAACAAGCAGGACCUGCUCGCUGAGAAGGUUUUGGCAGGGAAAUCUAAAAUUGAGGAGUACUUCCCGGAGUUUGCACGCUACACUACACCUGAUGAUGCAAUACCAGAGCCAGGUGAAGAUCCCCGUGUCACAAGGGCAAAGUACUUCAUUCGGGAUGAGUUUCUGAGGAUUAGCACAGCCAGCGGGGACGGACGGCAUUACUGUUACCCCCACUUCACCUGCGCGGUCGACACAGAAAACAUCCGCCGCGUCUUCAAUGACUGUCGCGACAUCAUACAGAGGAUGCACCUACGGCAGUACGAGCUCUUGUGAUUGGCGGCGGCAUCCGGUCUACUUAUCUACCUACCAACCUACCUAUCUACCCCCACCACCAGUUAGCCAAUCACCUCCUCCACUUCCACCGAUUUCACCAAACCACAGAGUGAGCGACUGACCGCCCUCCCUCCCUCCCUCCCUUCCAUCCCGAUACAACUCCCACUUCUCCCAGUAACACGAUUUCAGAAAAACGGAACAGUGGAAAGACUUUUUUUUGUUUUGUUUGUUUUUUUAAAAAAAAGGAAACACAGUUAAGGAUACACCAACAACAGUUUCAUCAACUAUUAGCCAGGACUGACUGCUGUACUCAGCUACACUUUGACCCAGGAUAGAGGGUCAGGACUGGAACCCCUCAGUGCAGGCUAUCCCUCCUUUUAGCUCUCUCUCUC